AACUAAAUUGGGCUAGAUUUGUGCAAAAUGGAUGUCCUAUGGAAAGAAAACAACAUUUUUUACAACAUAUUGUGUGUUUUAAUAACUGAAAAUGAAAAAUUGUUCGAUAGAAGUGAUGCGAGACUAUAUUGGAAGACAGUGUACCGUAUGUUUUUGAUUUUGCAUCACGGCUAUGUGGCUAAUUUUGGGGCCAGUUUGAUUAUGAACAUUGAUCAUGAAGAAAUAAGGAAAUUAAAAAAGUACAGAGUUGCGUAUUUAACUGGGUGGAAUUUUUCGUUCCAGACCAUGUUUCUCGGUCUCGCUCUGCUGCACGACAUGUUACGUUGGUUAGACAAGCACGACAGUAAGCUAGGCAAGAAAGUCAAAUACUUCCGUGACGUCUUAUUCAAUGGGCUGGUCUUCCCGUUUACAUGUUUCGUCACCGGAAUGUUCUGGUGCGUGUACCUCAUCGACCGGGAGCUGGUCUUCCCCCAAGUCUACGACCAGAUCGUGCCGUGGUGGCUGAACCACUGCGUCCACACCAACAUCUUCAUCGUGAUCGCUAUAGAGACGCUUCUGACCAGGCGGAGGCAGCCGACCGAUGUGAAGGUCGAGAGGUGUAUGUGGGUGUUUGUGUCCGUGUUCUACGCAGUUGUAUACUACUCUAUAUAUUUCUUCGGUGGCUGCUGGCUCUACGGGGUCUUCGGCGUCAUGAACUGGUGGCAAGUCUGCCUCUACCAGACCUGCAUCUGGUGCUCUACCUGGGUUUUCUACAACCUCAACUUUUUCGUCAACAAAAUGAUCCACAAAGAAGGAGACGGUACUCCAAAAACAUCCAUCAAUGGGGAUCUGGAGUCUAGGGAAACUACUUUCCAAAACGCGAGUAAAGUAGAUGGAGUUGAGACUGAUUCAAGUAAAAUAAGAAAAGAUGUUAAGCUAAAUAGUACCAAAGAUAGUAGUGGAAAGGCAAAUGCAGCCUAUCUAAACGAUAGUAAUGAUACAGAAACUGACAAGCAAUGGAAAUCGGUAGGUGUCAGUAAAAAUGACGGUAUUCUAAAUCAGUCUUUAGGUAAAUCAACUGGUACAAAUUUUAAUAGAAAUCAGUUUGAGAAGUCUAGUUUGUAAUUUGUUAUGAUUAUCUGGGUUAUAAUUACUGUACAUUUAUUUAGGUUCACUCCGUAUAUAAUUAUGUGUGUGCUUCAAACCUUGUAACUUUCAUAAUAUUGUCUUCGGUUACCGCGAUAGUUACUCAUGAAAUAAAACUAUGAAAAUGCAUUAUAUCACAUAUAAUGAAUUUAUCAUACAUCCCUAAUAUUUAUAGUAUGAACUAUCCCAGAUGAUUUUUUCGGGCUCGGGCCUUAAUCUGUUAAACCAAAAGGUAUUGUUUUCUUUAUGCAGCGGUUACACUGUUUACUGCUAUUAAUAGCCUAGACAAAGGUUACGGGAACAAGUCCGUUUAAAAAGCAAAACCAUCAUAUUUAUAUGGUUCAAAUUCAUAAAACGUUAUGUUAUCUCCAUAGAAAAGCCCACCCUGAUUGUUCUCUGAAUGACCUGUUACACAAAUUUGAACCUUAAUAAUAUCUCGAUAGUUGCUUUUUAAACGACUUGGCCGCUUUGGCACGUGAUGAAGACCGCUCUUAAAAGAGCCCGAAAAAAUCAUCUGAGAAAAUUCAUACUAUUUCAACUUUCAUUUGAAUGACUUUUCGUUGUCUAUUUGAAUUGAAAUUUUUAUAAUUUCCAUGACAAUAUUAUAAUACCCGAUCUGAUGAUGCAGUCGGAAGGUAGCCAACGGAACAUCUCGAAGGCAAAAUACCAACAUAUUGAUUUAGGCUAAUGAGAAAGGUCUUGAUGCGUACUUGUAGACAUGUAUAAGAGAAGUACAGUCAGCAAUAAAAGUGUGUAUAAACAAAAUACAGUAACUAGUACCUAAUUAAGCUUAAUUAUUAUAGUGUUCUGUGAUUUAAAUGAUGAGUUUUAGGAUUUUUAACGCAUUUAUUAAAAUUCGAUUUCUGGCAAGAUGGAGACCGAGAACUGUCGAAUAUGUAACAAGCGAAAAGAGAGCACUAGGGAAUAUUACGCAAAACUGCGUAGAGGGCGUCACUAGCACAAUCACAGGGCCUGCCGCGAAACACGGAAAUCGUAAGUUCGGUUUCUGCCUCUCUAUCACUAUGGCAUAGUCGAUCGAUAGAGAGGCAGAUAACGAAAUUUCGAUUUUCGUGUUUCGCGGUAGGCCACCUGUAAACAAACCGCCUUGAUGCCAUAGUGAAUGUAAUAAUGAAAACUUGUCAAAAAACUGUUUAAGUUUAAGGCAUUGUGUUAAUGUUAUGUUAUGUAUAUGUUACUCUAUCUAUGGUUUAGGAUGUGCACUAGUGCUGCACUCUGGCGGCAGAACAUUGCAGUAAUAAUCC